AAUCAAGAGCCCACUAACUUUGCCCGCGAGAUAUCGACCAAUCAGAGACCCGGACUCGGAGCGGAAGUGGUUCUAGUUUUUUUUUUGCGCCAGAAGUUGCGGAGAGAUUGCAUUUUUCACACCACCAGAUUGUCUUUUCCCCCACCAAAGUCUGCCAAAAUGAGCGAAGGAGAGGAAAAGAAGGAGGUGAAGCCUGAGACAGACCACAUCAACCUGAAAGUCCACGGACAGGACGGCUCAGUGGUACAGUUUAAGAUCAAGAGGCACACGGCACUGAAGAAACUCAUCCACGCUUACUGUGAGAGAGCGGGAGUUCGGAAAGAAGGCGUGCGGUUCAGAUUUGACGGGAAUCCCAUCAACGAGAACGACACACCCAACAUGCUGGACAUGGAUGACGGAGAUACCAUUGAUGUGUUCCAACAACAAACGGGGGGGAGAAGCUGAGCAGGCAUCCAUUCACAUCCCAGUCUUCUCUGUCCACUCUCCCAAACACCCCUCUGUGAGAGUGGCGCCACCCGUAGUACAUGAACUUUUUCCAGUAACUUUUACAUAAGCAGGCCAGAUAUGAUAGUUCCGCUACUACUGUCGGAAAAUGAAAGCAUUCGGCAUGAAACAUUUUAGUCAAACCAAGGAGAAGUCAAGAGAAAAAGAGUAAAAUUGAAGAAAUUCCUUGUUAUUAUAGUGUACUACUAUUCUGUAUUCUUGUCAAAAAGGGGAGGGCUUGCCACAGUUCGUAAACUUGUAGUCUUUUUCUGUGGAGGUUGAACAUUUUGGUUAUGCUGAUGUUAUUGUGGUCUUAUGUAUGAAGAAAAUUGAUAAUGAUCUUGUGAAAAAGAUACCGAGCAAGGACUUUCAUGGUAUAGCGAUGGGUAGAUAUUGGUACUCUUUGUUGAGAAAAAGUGUUCUCCCUUUUAGAGUUAUUAAAAGUGAAAAUAUCAUAAGUAAAUAAGUCGACAAUGUAUUGAGUUCUGCUUUUAUCAUUCCAAUAUUACGUUGUUUUAAGGCAAAAGAGGGAACUCACAAAACCUUUUUUUUUUUUUUCAAGACCCGUAGUGUUGUUGAAGAAAGUAGUUGUGUAGUGUGUCAAUGAAGGUUAGACAUCCAGGUAAUAAGAUACGCAGAAAAGUAGUCACUCAAGUAACAGGAUAUGGUUUUGGAAAUGGUCAGACACUCUUCAGUGUCACUGACAAAAUUAAAACUACUGGAUAGUAGUUGAAAUGUCUGGCCGUUUCCAAAACCAUAUCCAGUUGCUUGAGUUACUACUUUUUGGCAUAGUUGUGUAUUGUUUAGGAACACACAGCCUAUGAAUGAGCUGCACUCUGAAGAAAAUUCCCAAACCACAUGGUUCAAUUGUGCCAUGUUAGAAAGUCCUACAACAUCUAUUGGUUGUUCUAAAAUGAGUGAUAACUGUUCUUGGCAACACCACAGGGGGAAAGCCUUGUCGGAAGUGCACAUUAUUUUCUUCAUUGUGCUACACAUUCAUUGGCAAGUAGGUAGUGUCUUGUAGUAAUGUACAGCCUCAGUAAGUAAUAUGAAUAUGAUGCAUACAAAUUAGUAACACGUUAUUUUUGGUUAGUUAUCCAUAUACUGUAUAACCAACUACUAGCUACUUAAAUGUAAACCGCCGUUGUUCAGUUAUAUUUGUAACAGAACAGUUUUAAUUCUCCUAGAUACAAUAUGUUUGCAGAUUUACUUAAAGAUGAUUGUCAAUGAUGAUUAUUAAUAAAAUGUCACAUUUUUGUGUGAUUGAAAAG